AUGGGUCAACUGUCAUCGGAGCUCCCAACCCUAUCCGCGCCCGCCACCCUCCUGCCCCGCGCCGCCACCCUCCUCCGCCCCGCGCCGCCACCCCUCCCGCCCCGCGCCCGCACCUCCCCGUCGCCGGCCGCCCCGCACCUCCCGUCGCCGGCCGCCCCGCACUCCCCGUCGCCGGCCGCCCCGCAGCUGGCCGUCGGCCGCCCGCGCCCCGCACCUCCCCGUCGCCGGCCGCCCCGCACCUCCCCCUUCCCGGCCGCCCUCCUCCCCUGCCCCGCCCUUCCCGGCCGCCCUCCUCCCCGACCCUCCCCUUCCCCGGCCGCCCUCCUCCCCGCCUCCCCUUCCCCGGCCGCCCCGCCACGGCCCCUCGCCUCGCAAGCACACCGCGCCGCGCCCGCCUCCCUCCUCCCCUCCCGCAGCACGCCGCAGCUGCCCCUCCUCCCGCAGCACACCGCCCGGCCCCUCCUUCCGCGGCCGUGCCGCCCGGGCCUCUCCUCCCCUCACUGGCCGGCUCCAUGGAGAGCUCAAAGGCACCGGCGUGAGCACCCCGACGUGACGACCCGGGAUCUUGACGCGAUUCGCUCCGGCCACCGACAUCGCCACCUCCACGUUCGACAUCGCCACGCGAUUCUCUCCGUCCGCCGAGGGUGA